UUCCCUCCCCCUACCACCACCUCCACCACCGUUUUUCAAUCAAUCCCAUUUACUUCAAUGAGCACCGCGGUGCUGCUGCACAUCCGCACGCACGCUCAAGAACCCGGUUUUCCCAAACCCACCGCCCUCAAGAAGGAGCCAAGAACAUCGACAUCCAACCUCGGACCUGGUUCUGUUCGUAGAGAGUGAGCGUGCGUGCGUGUGAGAAAGUGAUGAUGGGUCAAGAAAGCAAAAGCUCGUACAGCACUCUGAUGGGUCAUCUCCGUUCUCUCUCUUCUCCUCCUCCUCCUCCUCUUGCUGUCGCAGCCUCACCGUCUCUGCAUUUCUCUCUCUAAGCAAGCAAGAGAGAGAGAGUGAGACACAGAGAGAGAGAGAGAGAGAGAGGGAGAAAGAGAGAGAAUUUGAGGGGUUACUGGAAGCUCGGGAGCUUGGGGGUUGGUGGGUGUUGAGUGGUUGUGGUCGUGGUGGUGUUCUUUUUUUGUUCGGAUGGGUUGCGCGGCGUCCAAGAUCGACAACGAGGAUGUCGUGCGGCGCUGCAAGGAGCGCCGCCGCCUCAUGAAGGAGGCCGUCUACGCCCGCCACCACCUCGCCGGCGCCCACGCCGACUACUGCCGCUCCCUCCGCCUCACCGGCUCCGCGCUCUCCAACUUCGCCGCCAACGAGCCCCUCUCCGUCUCCGACCAGACCCCCGCCGUCUUCGUCCUCCCCGCCGCCGCUCCUCCUCCUUCUCCGCCGCGGCCCCGGCCCCGGUCCCCGCCCCGCCCUCGCACCGCCGGGCCCCGUCCGCCUCCCCCUCCGUCCCCGAGCCGCGGGCCCCGCCGCAGCAGCCCCCCUCCUCCGCCGCGGUCCCCGAGCAUCGUCGGCUCCAAGGUCCCUCACAUCCUCUCCGCCUCCGCCGCCAAGCGGGAUCCUCCCCCGCGCGUCGUCGGCGGCGGCGGCGGCGGCUCCCACCACAACCAACGGCGGCGCAACAGCAAGCCCGUGAAGCUCCCCCACAUCCUCUCCGAGUCGAGCCCGAAUUCCUCCCCGCGGAGCCUCAAAUCCGACUUCACCUCCAGCUUCUUCCCGACCGCCUAUCCCGACUCCGCCUACGCAAGCACGCCGUCGCAGGCCUCCUCCGUCUGGAACUGGGAGAAUUUCUACCCUCCUUCGCCUCCCGACUCCGACUUCUUCGACCAACGCGCUCGGACCCAUAACCAGCGGCAACCGCAGCUCGAGAACGAUGGAGGAGAAGGGGACGAGGACGCGUCGGCGUCGGAGUACGACUUCUUCCGCCGCGACGCCCCGAGCAAACUCCGGGACGGCGACGCGGGGUCUAAACCAUACGAUUUCAAGCGGGCCGCAGCCAGCGUCAACGGCGGCGUGGAGACCGAGAGGGAGGAGGUGCAGUGCAGCGACUGGGGGGACCACUACAGCACCACCAGCUCGUCCGAAGACGAGGAGGAAGGCCAUGACGACGACUACGACGAUGGAGCGUCCAGAUCCGAGAUCGGGACGCGGUCGAACUUCGGGGGAUCGAUGCGGAGCGGCGUCGUCGACGCGGAGCCCAUGAUGGUUCCGCCGCCCGCGGCGAGUUUCGGCAAGUUUGAUGAUAAGUCGGAAGACAUGAGCUACGGGGACCACGAGAUGGUGGAGGAGGAGAAUAAGAUGGUGGUGAGGCACAAGGAUUUGAAGGAGAUCGUGGAUGCGAUCAAGGAGAAUUUCGAUAUGGCAGCUUCCGCCGGCGAUCAGGUGUCGGUGAUGCUUGAAAUCGGGCGUGCCCAGCUCGAUCGCAGCUUCAAGCAGCUCAAAAAGACUGUAUAUCACUCGACGAGUGUGCUGAGCACAUUGAGCUCGAGCUGGUCAUCAAAGCCGCCAUUGGCAGUGAAGUACCAGCUCAACCCCGGCUCACUCACUGAAUCAGAUGAUUCAAAGAGCCUCUGCUCCACUCUGGACAAGCUCUUGGCUUGGGAGAAGAAGCUCUAUGAGGAAGUGAAGGCUAGAGAAGGUGAGAAGAUAGAGCAUGAAAAGAAGUUGUCAGUACUUCAGAGCCAGGAAGGCAAGGGAGAAGAUGAAACCAAGGUAGACAAGACCAAGGCCUCAUUAAAUAAGUUGCAAGCACUAAUAGCUGUUACGUCGGAGGCUGUCUCUACAACUUCAAAUGCAAUUAUUGGCCUCAGAGACAGUAGACUUGUCCCGCAGCUUGUUGAACUCUGCCAUGGGUUCAUGUACAUGUGGAGGUCAAUGAAUGAAUACCAUGAGAUUCAGAACAACAUUGUGCAGCAAGUCCGGGGCCUUGUGAACCGAGCAAACAAGGGUGAAUCUACUUCUGAAUUGCAUCGGCAGGCAACUCGUGACCUCGAAUCAGCUGUUUCUUCAUGGCAUUCCAGUUUCUGCCGCUUAAUUAAGUUCCAGUGUGAUUUCAUCCGUUCCCUUCACGGCUGGUUCAAACUGACUCUCCUUCCUGUUGACAAUGAUAACAAUGGGACCCAGGAACACUCUGAUGCCUAUGCCUUCUGCGAUGAGUGGAAGCUUGCACUAGAUCAUGUCCCAGACACUGUUGCUUCUGGAGCUAUCAAGAGCUUCGUUAACCUUGUUCAUGUAAUAUCUUUAAAACAAAGUGAAGAAUUGAAGGUGAAAAAGAGGACAGAGGCUGCAUCAAGAGAUCUUGAGAGGAAGGCUUCAUCUGUUCGGAGCAUAGAGAAGAAAUACUACCAUUCGUACUCUAUGGUUGGUGUAGGGUUCCCUGAUCCUGGGCCCGACAAUGGCCAGGUGCUGGAUGCUCGGGACCCACUGGCCGAGAAGAAACUUGAACUUGCAACCUGCCAAAGGAGGGUAGAGGAAGAAAUGCUGAAACAUUCCAAGGCAGUGGAAGUGACGAGGACAAGUACCUUGAACAAUCUUCAAACGGGUCUGCCAGGAGUUUUCCAGGCAUUAGCCAGUUUUUCAUCCUUGUUCAUGGAGGUCCUUGACACGGUAUGUACCCGUUCUUAUGCCAUCAAAUAGACAUAUGUAUACACAUUCUUUCGGUCCGGUAUUUUUGUUGAAGUGGGAAAGAUGAGAGCUGGGUAAUUUUGGCGGUUGGCUCUCGCUAUUUACAUAGAGCUGUAUUGCUAAUUUGGGAAACUCGUUUAUUUGUAAAUAUUGAAUUUUGUGAUGGCGUCAUUCUUUUUUUGGAUGGGUGGUGGACCGCGGGGGGAUGCCCCUGUACAGGAAGUUGCUUGGUCCGUUAUUGUCCUGCAGUUUUGCAAUGGAUAAAGAAGCAUAAUGCUUUUCUCUCCCUUGUUCUCUUGUGAGGUUGUUUCUAGUUCUACAGGCGCGUCAUAUCUCUACUGUAACAUCAAAACUCGGAGUAUCUGAAGUUCCAUCCUUGUCCUGUUGGAAAUUUCCUUGAAUUAUGCAAUGACACUCUUGUACUUC